UGUGUCCCUCUGGGCCCCUGAGGCCAGCCGUGGUGCUAGUGCGUGGGGCGGGCCUCUUUCCGAUUUGGCUCGUCGAAAAAGCAGUGGGAGUCCCAGAGAGCAGCUGCCUGUGGAGAGCUCAGGGGGGAGGAGGAUCCCGUUUUCCUAGGCCCUGAGCAGUCCACUCUGGGUGGAUUCCCUCAGACAUCUGGCAGCUCGACAUCACCAAGGAGGCUAGCCAUCCAAGCGGAUCCUCCAGAGAGGUUGUCACCUGCCCAACCAGAGGACUCUUCUUUGAUGGGAAGGAUAGCUUUUCCUGAGAACUCUUUGUUGGCAGAUUGGCACAGGUGGUAAAUUAAGAUCUGCUUGGGUGUCAGCUAUAUUUCUUACCAACACUGGAACUGAAGAGGGAGAAGAAAAUUUUUAUUGAAUUUUGGUGCAGGUCUGUCUCCAGUGGUGGCCUUGGAUUGACAGGAGAUCAUCACUCUACAGGUCUGCUGUCAGAUAACAUCAUCCUCCCUCAACCUGACUAUGCCCUCUGAUCUGUCCAUAACAUUGAUACAGUCAGUGUGUUUAGAAAAGGGACUGCGUAACUGCUAAACUGUCAACUGACACCUAAUUCUUGCUAACAAAUUCGUCUCUGAUCCAGUAAAAGUAUAAAGACACUGACCUAGGAUACACUGAGAAGCUCAGCACUGAACAACUAUAUAGAACUGGGCUUCAACCAUGACUGGGACAAAGAAUAAGAACAGAGUACAUGCCAAAAUUGUGAAAAGGGCAAGUGUACAAGGUAAAGCUGGAGAAGAGAAGGAAGCUACUGGUGUAGUCAAACCAGGAGCCAAGAAUGGGGCCAAAGUCAAAGUCAAGGCAAAACCUAAAGCAGAUGCAGUGAGAGAGAUGAAAACAGUGUCUAAGAAUAAAGUUGUUACUGAUAUGAAGGAAAGAGCCUGGUCAGAGCCUAAGGCUACAGUGAAAACCAUUGCAGAUUUCAGGUGCAAGAAUGAGAGCGAGGCUACUAGUUCCAUAAGUAAAGAUAAGGCUAGUACUGAUACAUGGUUCUGGGCUGGGGAAGAGGCUAGUAUUAAUUCCUGGUUCUGGAAGGGAGAAGAGGCGGGGAAUCGUUCCAGUUCUAAGGAUGAAAAUAAAGCUAAUACUGGUAUCCAGAGUCGUGUUGAGGAGUUAGAGCCUGUGGCCAGGCCCAGCUGCAGGUCUAGGUCAGGCGCUGAGGAUGAAGAGGAAGAAGAGAAUGUUAUUGGGAAUUGGUUUUGGGAAGGAGAUGAUUCCAGUUAUGAUCCUAAUCCUCAACCUGUGUUCAGGAUAGUAAAGCCUCAGCCAGUGGAUGAAAUUAAUGAAAAAAAUAGGCCCAAGGACUGGUCUGAGGUAACAAUCUGGCCCAAAGCCCCUGCUGUAACUCCUGCAGUUUUAGGAUUUAGAUCCCAGGUGCCAUCUGAGACAAGGCUCUCUUCAUAUAUUGUUCUGUCCUCAGCUGAGGAAAAUAAUCGUUCUUUGCCUGGUACAACAGCCUGUUCUUCUAAGGGUACUCGUUCCACUUCACAGCCUAUCCCUGAGUAUCCAUUUGGUUCUGACCCUUGCAUCCAGACCUUAGAUGAAAUUAGACACCAAAUUAAGACCAGGGAAGUGAAUGGAACUAAGCCAUUUGCUUGCCGUUGCAAAAUGGAAUGCUACCUGGGUUCUGGGGAAUUUGAAAAACUUGUUUAUAUACUUAAGACAACUACUGAUCCUCUCAUUCAUAAGAUAGCACAGAUUGCAAUGGGUAUCUAUAAGGUUCAUUCAUUUGCCCAAGAAUUCAUCAAUGAAGUGGGUGUAGUGACACUGAUUGAAAGCUUGCUCAGUUUUCCAUCCUCUGAAGUGAGAAAAAAGGCUGUAAUUACUCGAAAGUCUCCUUUUGGAGAUGAAAGACAACAUAGGGUUGAAUUACAUGUUAAGCAUGUGUGCCAGGAAACCAUAUCUUUCCCUUUGAACUCACCUGGACAGCAAUCUGGAUUAAAGAUACUAGGACAACUGACUACUGAUUAUCUCCAUCACUACAUUGUUGUCAGUUACUAUUCAGAACUUUUUCAUUUAUUGUCUCGGGGAAAUCAUAAAACUAGAAAUCUUGUUUUAAAAGUACUCUUGAAUAUGUCUGAAAAUUCAGCUGCAGCCAGAGACAUGAUCAAUAUGAAGGCUUUGGCAGCAUUCAAACUUAUUUUUAACCCAGAAGAGGCAAAAUCCAAUCUUGUUAGUGCCGUGGCCAUAUUUAUUAACAUAAAGGAACAUAUUCGAAAGGGCUCAAUUGUAGUUGUUGAUCACUUGAGUUACAAUAUGCUUACAGCUAUUUUCUGUGAAGUUAAAGGGAUUAUUGAAGCAAUGUAAAAUGAGCUAGAAAUGAAAGAAAACUGGAGAUGCCAAACAUUAAACUUUACAUCUUUUAACACAGUAUUAUCUGUUACAGGAUCUACCUUGAAGCUAGAAAUGAAUAUUAAGUCUUGAUAUGAAACUGUUUGUAGAUUUUUAUCUUGUCUAGAGUAGCAGAUUUUUGAUAUUGUACUUAAGAAAUAGCAGACCAGCUCAUUAUAAGUAGGCUAGCUUGAUCGUUAGUGUCUGCUUAGAUCAAUUUAUAGCUUUAAAUGACAAAAAGAAGAUACUGAUUUGAAUUCUAGUUAUAGAAAUAAGACAUAUACAUAAAGAUAACCAAUAAUACCUACAGUGUGUGUGCGUGUGUGUGUGCAUGUGUGUACAUACGUUUGUUGCUAGUGUGUCCUCACAUUACAUAAAGAAGACAGGGUUUAUUAUAGGCUGUUUGUUGUAAGAGAGAUUUCUAUUUUCCUCCUAUUACAUCUGCAGCAGAUAGUCAUUCUCUAACAUAGAAUUAUUCCUUAAUCUCAGAUAAAAUACAGAGUUUACUUUUUAUUCUGAAACGACAUUUCUAACUCUUAAAUUUUAGGCAUAUUUCAUUUAUGUCAAUCCUCUCCCAAUCUGUCAGACUGCUGUCACCAUAUUUACAAUUUUUUUUCCUUUCACGGUUGCUUGUGUGUUAUAUUUUUCAAUUCUUAUUAGCAUACAUUAGCUAUACAAAGGAUUAUUGCACUCAUAUUUUAAAUUGUUACAUUUCCACAGGUACUUAGUUAAAAGGUAUCUUUUAACAAGAAUUAGAGGAAUUGAAUACUUUUUCCUAGAUUUCCACGGCUGACAAGUGGCAUAGCUGGUGUGUGUGUGUGCCUGUGAGUGUGUGAGAGUG